AUGUUGCAAGCGGCGUUGCUGAGCUCCUGCAAGGCGGCCCCGAUCCGCAUCCUCGGCUGCAAACCUUUGUCCGUGGCAGCCGCCACAGUGCCGCAGCCCAACACGCGGCCGGACAUUUCCUACAAGAAGAUUUUCAUCAACAACGAAUGGCAUGACUCCGUCAGCAAGAAAACAUUCCCAACCAUCAACCCAUCCACAGGCGAGGUCAUCUGCCAGGUGGCUGAGGGAGAUAAGGCAGAUGUGGACAAGGCAGUCAAGGCAGCCAGAGAUGCCUUCAAGUUUGGAUCUCCUUGGAGAAGGAUGGAUGCUUCCCAACGAGGCAGACUGCUGCACCGUCUCGCUGACCUGAUCGAGAGAGACCGGGCUUACCUGGCUGCUUUGGAAACAUUGGACAAUGGCAAGCCAUAUGCUAUUGCCUAUCUGGUGGAUUUAGACAUGGUCAUCAAGCACCUCAGGUACUAUGCAGGUUGGGCAGACAAAUUCCAUGGGAAAACUGUUUCCAUGGAUGGAGACUUCUUCACCUACACAAGACACGAGCCAGUUGGGGUCUGUGGACAGAUCAUUCCAUGGAAUUUCCCACUGCUGAUGCAAGCCUGGAAGCUCGGGCCUGCAUUGGCCACAGGGAAUGUGGUGGUGAUGAAGCUGGCUGAGCAAACCCCUCUGACUGGUUUGUAUGUGGCCAAUCUUAUCCAAGAGGCUGGAUUCCCCCCUGGUGUGGUGAACAUUAUUCCUGGCUAUGGGCACACGGCAGGGGCUGCCAUCGCUUCCCAUAUGGAUGUAGAUAAAGUGGCAUUCACGGGCUCCACGGAGGUUGGGCACCUAAUCCAAAAGGCUGCUGCUGAAAGUAAUCUGAAGAGAGUAACACUUGAGCUUGGAGGAAAGAGCCCAAAUAUCAUAAUGUCUGAUGCUGACAUGGACUGGGCUGUCGAACAAGCCCACUCUGCCUUGUUCUUCAACCAGGGACAAUGCUGCUGUGCUGGUUCUCGGACCUAUGUCCAAGAAGAUAUAUACCAUGAUUUCGUGGAGAGGAGUGUGGAGCGAGCCAAAGCCAGAGUGGUUGGAAACCCAUUUGACUUCAAGACAGAGCAAGGACCUCAGGUUGAUGAGAACCAGUAUAAGAAGGUCCUUGCAUACAUCAGUACUGGGAAAAAGGAAGGAGCAAAAUUGCUUUGUGGUGGCAAUCCUGCCUCAGACAAGGGUUACUUCAUCCAGCCAACCAUCUUUGGAGAAGUCCAAGACAACAUGAUUAUUGCUAAAGAGGAGAUAUUUGGGCCAGUCAUGCAGAUCCUAAAGUUCAAAACCAUUGAGGAAGUCAUCAACAGAGCAAAUGACACCAAGUAUGGCUUGGCAGCAGCAAUCUUCACCAAAGAUGUUGAUAAAGUUAACUACGUUUCCCAGGGUUUGCGUGCUGGAACCAUCUGGGUAAACUGUUACAACGUGUUUGGCAGCCAGGCUCCAUUUGGUGGCUACAAAGCGUCCGGACAAGGUCGUGAGGGGGGAGAAUAUGGCUUGCACCCAUACACAGAGGUGAAAACGGUAACAAUCAAAGUUCCACAGAAGAAUUCUUAAAGGACACCUGCAACGCAUGUGUAUCUGACAUGGAGUACGUUAGACACUUGCUAGCAGCAUAAGGAUAUGUAGAGAAACGUCCUUCACAAAGCACACCUUAACUUCUACAACUGAAG